GUCAACAUUUUUUAGUUUCUUUUCGAAAAAAAAUGUACCAAUCAAUCCUUCAAUAUUUAAACUUGAAACAAUUGGUAGCGUACGAGGUCGUAUUGACCCAGUGAAUGGAUGUGAUGAACACCGAGGGACAAGAUAAACUCAAAAUAGAACUGACGAAUGAUCCGUCGUAAUGGCCGACAGAAACAGUUCAGUACAGGUGUGAUUGAUAAUAUCAUUUUGGACAAAAGGCAAAGAUAAAUAAAUAAAUUAAUAAAAAAAAAAUUAAAAACACCACCAGAGUACAUAUGCCAUCAUCCCGUCUUCGUGACGUGACAUAAUUCUGGCCAUUAGCAAACAAACUUCAGUGGCUUAGAUAAAACUGUGCCAAAAUAUAGGAGCUGUUCCCCCUGGAGUUGUACACAGAGGAAAAUUAGUAUACAAAUGGUGGAUCAAAAGAGCGUUCUAGCCACCAUGGCGGGAGGUGUGGGUGGUGGUAUUCUGGCUUGGAGAGCGUUUUAUCCCAGCCUUUACGACGACUUCAAAACAAUUUACACAACCAGGAAAUCAGAUGACGUCAUUGCUCGUGACAUGCAAUCAAGGCGGCUCCUGAUAGACAUGUUCGAAGAGACUUCUCGUCUUCAUCCCGAGAGAAUUUUCAUUGUGUUUGAAGACAAGGAGUAUUCCUACGGAAUGAUCGAUGCCAUGGCGAACAGAGUCGCAAAUGUGGUGUCUCGCUGGAAUCUGAAAGUGGGCGAUGCUGUUGCCAUUAUGGUUUAUAAUUCCCCAGAAUUUGUCUGGACUUUUCUUGGUCUUUUGAAGCUGGGUUUAGCUGGUACGUUUAUCAACUAUCACCUACAAGAGGAGCCAUUAAUACACUCACUCACUGCUAGUCAGUCCAAACAUCUGAUAGUGGGCAAAGGUCAUGACCUUCUAGAAACAAUCAAGAAUGUGUGGGACAAACUUCCAGAGGACUUUACGAUCUUUGUGUCCGGGACAACGACUGAAUCGCUGCCAGAAAGAGUUAUUUCUUUUGACACCCUAUUGGUGCAAUCACUCCCAGUUCCGGUCUGCAAAUCAGCGCGUGAAAAAGUUACUUUGCAAAGCCCAGUAUGCUACAUAUACACUUCCGGGACGACGGGUUUACCAAAACCAGCGAUAAUCCACCAAGCUAAGGCGAUCACACAAUCGCAUGGUUACCGCGCUAUUGACUUCACAUGGCAGGAUGUGACGUAUGUGGUGACACCAUUGUAUCACAGCGCCGCUACCUGUGUAGGAGUAUUUAACACGAUCGCAGAAGGUGCAACUGUAGUGCUGCGCCGGAAGUUUUCCGCCCGCCAUUACUGGGAAGAUGUCAGAAAAUAUAAGGUCACAGUUAUUCAGUACAUCGGGGAGCUGUGUCGCUAUCUACUGCGCGUCCCAAAGCAUCCACUAGAUGGCGCUCAUUGUGUGAGGACAGCGUUUGGAAACGGACUUCGCAGCGACAUCUGGAAGGAAUUCCAGACACGUUUUAAAAUUCCACAAAUCUUCGAGUUCUUUGCUGCCACAGAGGGAACAGCUUUAUUACUGAACUGCUGUAACAAAGUCGGCGCUUUAGGGCGAUGGUCGCCCCUGAUAAGGUUUAUGAAUGGUAAGGCUAAAGGCUUCUACAUCGUUAAAUUUGACGAGAAAACUGAGCAACCAAUCCGGGACAAAGAGGGAAAGUGUAUUCCAAUAAAGCCAGGUGAAACUGGCUUGCUUCUUUCAGUGAUGCCACCAACCACGAAAAUUUUUUAUCUAGGAUCAAAAGAAAUGGACGAGAAAAAAAUUGUGCGGAAUGUUAUCCAGAAAGGGGAUUCCUUUUUUAAUUUCGGGGACUCGGUGUAUUUAGAUGGUGAUUACUAUGUGUAUUUCCGAGACAGAAUUGGUGAUACUUUCAGAUGGAAAGGUGAGAAUGUGUCAACCACAGAGGUCGCCAAUGUGAUGACGCAACUAACUUUCAUACAUGACGUUAAUGUGUAUGGUGUACCUAUUUCCGGAAGUGAUGGCAAAGCUGGAAUGGCGGCCAUUCAGCUGGAAGAUGGCUACAGUAUGUCGGAGGAAAUCCUUAAACAACUCUAUGAACAUGUGUUCAGACACCUGCCACAUUACGCUUGUCCCAUUUUCAUCAGGGUUGUUCAAGAGUUCUUCACCACACAGACCAUGAAACAUCGGAAGUUGGAGCUGGUUAAGGAGGGAUUUGAUCCGGAUGUUAUCAAGGACCCACUAUUUGUUUUAAAUCACGGGUCAAGAACGUAUGAACCUCUCAAUAGUUCAAACAUCAGUGCCCUACUUACAUCAAAGUUGUAAACCAGGACAUUUAAACAAGAACUGCUACUCUAGAUAAAAAUUCAGAUGUAUUGAUCAUUAGUCAAGUUGAUUUUAACAAUAUUAAUCAGUUCAAUAUUCGUCUGGAUGGAAAGCUUAUGCAAUGGAAGUAGGAUUAGGUACUGUACAUGUUGAAUUAAACCCGUGUCAUGUUCUCAGUUUUAAAUAGUUUUGGUGGAAGUGAACAUAAAAACAAAGUAUUACAACAAAUUGUUAUGACUUGACCUAUAUUAUACCUUUGAUAUUUUCUCCCAUUAUUAUUCUCUUAUUAAAAAUUGGAACAUGUAAUCCACUUUGAACA